AGUUCGCACCACCCCUCCUCCCCCCUCGUCGAUGGCGUCGUCGUGCGCUCUCCUCGUCGCCUUCGGCGCCACCACCGCCGCCGCGCCGGCGAAAUCCCGGCCGCGGCGGUGGGCGGGGGCUCCGCGGCGGCGUUUAGGGCUCUCGGCGCCGAGGAGAAGCCGCGGAGGGGCUCUACGUGCUCGCUCGGGCGAUGAGCGAGCGAGGAUGUCGCACGGCGAGGGCUCGUUAGGGUUUGGGAGUGGGGGAGAGGUGGGGAAAUGGGAGGAGGAGAUGGAGAAGGAGAAGAAGAGGAAGAAGGGUUGGGUUCAUUUUGUGGGCAUCGGAGGGUCGGGAGUAUCGGCGCUCGCAAUGCUCGCUCUAGAACAAGGUUUUGAGGUUAGUGGCUCAGAUAUUAAGUGGAGCAGUUUCAUGGACCAAUUACAAAGAGCCGGUGCUAGGUUAUUUAUUGGGCACUCAAUAGCUAGUUUUGAAGGGCUCACAGUAUCUGCUCAGCCUGAUGCAGUGGUAAUUUCAAGUGCUAUUCCGAAAGAUAAUGUGGAGAUUUUGCAUGCAAAGAGUGUUGGAAUUCCAAUAUAUAAAAGAGAUGGUUGGCUCAAGAUGAUCACAGACAAGUACAACCUUAUUGCUGUCAGUGGAACUCACGGAAAAAGCACGACAGCGGCAAUGCUUUCCUAUGUGUUGGAUUCUAUGGGGGAUAAUCCUAUAGCUGUCGUCGGAGCAAAUGUUCCUCAGUUUUCAGGAGGGAAUAUUAUUUCAGGCAGCGGUCCGAACUUUGUUUUGGAGGCUGAUGAAUACGAUAGCUGUUUCCUUGGGCUGUCGCCUUAUAUUGCAGUAGUAACGAAUGUGGAAUGGGAUCAUGUGGACAUCUUCCCAGAUGAGGGUGAUGUUGAGAAUAUAUUCCGGCAGUUUGUUCAUCGAAUUAGAACCGGCGGCCAUCUCAUAUUAUGUGGAGACAGUCCAGGUGCGUGUAAAUUGCUCAGCGAGUCCGCCAACGACGUAGUUUCUAAUAGGAGCACAGGCUCAAGCUCGGCGGUACUCAAUCAUAGCUACAGCACAACAACUUAUGGGUUAUCUGACAAUAAUGAUUGGUGUGCAUCCUCUAUCACUCCAAACUCGCAAGGUGGCCAACGAUAUGUCCUGCAUUACAGAGGACGCAAAAUUGCAAAUAUCGACUUACUACUACCAGGAGUUCACAAUGUCCUUAAUUCCUUAGCGGUUAUUGCUAGUGUAGCUGCAUUGCAUAAAGAUAGAAAUAGUUUAGAUAGUACAAUCGAUUCUGUGAGGAUUCACUUGAGUACAUUCAAAGGUGUUUCUCGACGAUUCGAGUUGCUUGGUACUGUUAAUGGAUGCCAAAUAUAUGAUGACUAUGCUCAUCAUCCAACAGAAGUUCGUGCUGUUCUACAAGCUGCAAGGCAAAAGUUCCCUUCUCAAGCAUUAUGGGUGGUCUUUCAAGCACACACAUUCAGCCGUGUAUCUGCGCUGAUGAGUGAGUUCUCUACUGCCUUCAGUAUUGCAGAUCAUGUGAUAGUUUCUGAGAUUUAUGGUGGAAGAGAAACAAAUAAAUGGAAUGCGGAUGCGAGAGAUCUAUCGGCUUUGAUCUCAGGCCCAUCGGCUGAAUAUAUUCCUAAAAUGGAUGAUGUGCUCGAUAAAUUGGUGCUUAAAAUACUAUCAGAGAAGAAUCAAGAAACAGUAAUCUUGAUAAUUGGUUCAACAGGUGACAUUGUAACUCUGGGACCGAAACUCCUCAGGGCAUUGCAGGGAAAGUCAUAAUAUGUAUUAAGAUGAUCUUGGUAUGGCCAUCUGAAUUCUUGUCUAUUGGAAACCUCACACUGUUGCAUAAGUUAUUCUGAACUCAGAUUCACCUUCCAACAGGGAAUUUCUCGCUGACAUCGGAGCCGCUGAUAGAAAUAGGCCUGUUAAAAGCUUAGUGGAGAUAGCCUAUGGCCUAUGGAUAUCCUUAUUCUUCUUUAAGAAGGUCACUCAGCACAAAGGGAAACUCUCCUACAAUGUGACUUUCUAUUUUCAAAAUCUUGAUUCUUGGAGAAGCUGCUGGUGUUCUCUGAAACCGAAAAAGAGUGCUUGGUUAGAUAUCGAAAUUUUUCGAAGAGGUAUUGGUAUUCAAUUGAAGCUGUACCAUAAAGUUUUCAAUUAGGGCUUUUUAUGGAAUUUUUAUUAAGCAAUCAUCUGUACCAAGUAUGCUU